UUAUGGAGCUGUUUAGGAAGUGUCAGAUCUUGUCAGAUCAAGUCGUAAGGUGUUAGGUAGUGGGCGGAGAAGUUUAUGUAAAUACAAUUACAUUUAAUAUUAGUACAGUGGUACACGAACGUGAGAAAGCAGUUGUUUUUUGUUUUUCAGUGGUUUAGUAAAUAGUUUCCUUAAAGUCUGCCGGCACUAGUAAUUUCAGCCGCAGAGAUAUAAACGUAGACCAAUUACACCACAAUGUUGGUAUUGGUGCUUGGUGAUUUACAUAUUCCUCAUAGAUGUAGCAGUUUACCAGCAAAAUUCAAGAAACUCUUGGUACCAGGAAGAAUCCAACACAUAUUAUGUACAGGAAAUCUGUGUACCAAAGAAUCAUAUGACUAUCUGAAAACGCUUGCCAGUGAUGUUCAUGUUGUUCGCGGAGAUUUUGAUGAGAAUUUGAAUUAUCCAGAGCAAAAAGUGGUGACUGUUGGUCAGUUUCGAAUUGGUUUAUGCCAUGGUCAUCAGGUCGUGCCAUGGGGAGAACCAGAUUCUCUUGCUCUUAUUCAGCGGCAAUUAGAUGUUGAUAUUCUUAUCUCAGGUCACACACACAAGUUUGAAGCAUAUGAACAGGAGAAUAAAUUCUACAUUAAUCCAGGAUCAGCUACUGGAGCGUACAAUCCUCUUGAUACGUCAAUAAUACCAUCAUUUGUACUGAUGGACAUUCAGAGUUCUACUGUUGUGACAUAUGUAUAUCAGCUGGUUGGUGAUGAAGUUAAAGUUGAAAGAAUUGAAUAUAAAAAGAGUUAAACCUACAAGUUGAGACUUUUAAGACCAAUGAAUAAAAUGUUAAAUUUGGUUACAAACCAAUGUUUGUCAGUCACUGUAUUAUAAAUUAAGUUUACUGACUUCUGCGAUUUUACACCAUGUAGUUUUAUAGAUAGAUACCAACAUUUUGGAGGAACCUGUUGCCUCCAUCUUCAGGAUAGAAUAGCCAGCUAGCAGGUUCCACCUGAAUGAUGAUACAUUUCUACCAAGCUACAUGAUGUCACAUCCCACAAGCCCAGUAUUAAUACUUACCACUUGAGAACAUCAAAUAUGAAUGUAUUUAUAAUUCUAAUUCAUGUACAUGAAGUAAUAAAAUUCCAUUAUACACAAA